AUGUGAGUGGGAUUUUAUGAAUUAUGCAAAUUUGAGCAGUUGUUCCCCUCUUCGGAUGAGAGGCUAGAUUCAGGAUAGUCGAGGAGUUUUGUUGUUCUUAAUAAAAUAUACAAGUCUUUUUGUUGUUGCUACGGAAUAUAUCAGACGAGAAUGACUCGUUUUGCUUUGCGUGAUUAGAUGGCGGCGCUGCACAUCUGAAUUAGGAUGUUAUAGGCCAGGAAGUUAUGAAAAGCCGGUAGUGUUUAAGUGCAGCAAACAGUUUCGCCGGUCGGGGCUGCUCUUUGUCUGACACAGAGAGUAGUCAACGCGUGCUCUUUUGUUUGGGGGUUUGUCUUUGUUUAACUGCAAACGGGCGAUCUUUGUUCUCGUUUAGGCCUCCCGAGGUUGAAAUAAUUGUUUUGAAACAUGCACCGCAUGAAGAAAUAUUUCACCGAGGGACUCAUUCAGUUUACGAUUCUGCUGAGUUUGAUAGGAGUUCGCGUGGAUGUCGACACCUAUUUGAGCGGCUACUUCUCGCCGUUGAUAGAAACAGACGGAGGGCCGAGCUCGGCUUUCAUACAGACCCCGUUUCACCACUACCGGGACACCGCGGCGGGCCAUCAGGUGCAUCCGAAAUGUCCAGAGCUGGACUAUUUUUUCACCAGCCGCAGGCUCUUGAAUGAAGUGCGUGCGCUCGGGUCCCCGGCCCGCUUCCCCACGCGUGUCAGCGCAUGGCUGGUGCACCUGGUGCCUGAUGAUGGUUCCGAUGCAGGUGAGCCACACGACCUGUCAGGGGACCCUGGUGACGAGGAGAUAAAUGCCGAAAAUCACCGGGAAGAGGAUGAGCACAGGGCUGGAGAGGGCUUCGGUCUGUCAGUUUCUCAGGACCUCACUGUUUCCAGGCCUUGCUGUGCAGCUGGAGAACUUUCCAAAGAGGAAACUUUACUAGACCAAGUGAAUGAGGAGGAGGAGGUGAAAGACGAGAGAGGACAGGAGGAAACCAGCCCUACUACACUGAACCAGCUGACUCAGAGUUCUGCCUUAGAGCAGGAGGAUUUGCUGGGUAGUAGUACCCUUCCUCCACCUCUUUCUGGUCUUGAGCUUCCUCCACGAUGGCAUGACUUCCUCUCUGAAUUUGAUGAUUUUGACUCCAUGGUCCCCCAACGUAUGUCAGACUUAGAAGCUGAACUUCCUAAUCCCAUCAGCUAUGACGUAAGCCUUCAAGAUGCAAUGGUAACCGGAGGAGAUUCAGCUAAUAGAAGGCUUGCAUCUUCCCAAACACCCCUCUUCCGUCUGGAGUCCACAAACUCUUCUCACUCAGACCCGUCUCAGAGCUCAGCAGGGGCACUUCCUUCAUCGCUCUUCUCUUUGUCUGGGAACAGCUCCCGUAAUGAAACCUCCCCUUCGCAGAUGGGAGGCUAUCUAGAUGAGGCUGUUUUUGACCACAUCAAUAUGUUGGAUCUAGAUAAUCUUGGUACAAUGGACCCUCAGAUGCUGGACGGUAUGCAAGGGGACAUGGACACUCCAUGGCCUGAGGAUUCAGACUCUGGCCUGUCUUUGGAGAGCAGUUCAAGGAGCCCCGCAUCCCCGUCUACAUCAUCCGAUUCAUUUUGCGAGGAUGAAGGUGGAGCUACAGGCUAUAGCAGUGAAGUGGAGUCUCUUUCGUCAAAAGGCGGAGCUUGUGCAGCCGCUUACCGUGAUUGGUUGCCUGUAAACCUCGUAGAAAACAUCUGGCACGAUCAUACCUAUUCAACCCCACAGGCGCAAAAUUCUACACCAUCUAGCUGGUUCACAGCAAUCAAACAGGAAGUGAUGAGCGAAGAUGAGGCUGAACCAGAAGAGAUGAGUCGUGAUGAACAUCGGGUGCAGGCAUUAGGUCUUCCGUCUUCAGCCUUUCAGAUUGUCAACAUGCCUGUAGAAAAUUUCCUGGAGUUGCUGGACAGCCAGAAUCUGUCAGGAUCACAAGUCACGCUCUUGCGCGAUGUGCGCAGACGAGGUAAAAACAAGCUUGCCGCGCAGAAUUGCCGCAAGAGGAAGCUGGAUGCGAUCCUGACCCUGCAGGGUGAGGUUGAGAGCCUGUCGGUGCAGCGGGAUGCUCUCCUGCGCCAGAGAUCCCACACAGCCAAAGCACUUUCUGCUGCUGCAGAGCGGUUCGAAACGCUCUCGCGGACUAUGUUGAGCCAACUUCGGGAUGAAUAUGGACAUCCUCUGAACCCUGAGCACUACACACUGCACUGCAGUGCUAACGGACGGGUGAUGGUUCAGCCUCGCACAAACACAACGUCAAGGACAAUGACAAGUAGCAAGACGGUGAAAAGAAAGAAGGACAAGAAACCCUAAAGACUUUUUGAGUGUGUGUGUGUGUGUGUGUGUGUGUGCGCAUGCGUGUUUGUGUUGACAUACAAAUAUUUCUAUGUUUUCUGAAACGUGAGUUUUUAUGUUUGAGAAGAUAUUAUGGGGCAUUUCUGGCUCUUCUUUGUUCCUAAAAGCCAUUCGUAACUCAAGUGGAGGGCAGAAAGACUGUAAUAAAUAGUACACUUGGAGCAUGGGAGUAGCCUUGUUUAUUUGCAGGAGAGAAUGUACUGAAAACACUGGACGUUGUGUAUAGUAAGAGUGUGUAUAAAGAGUAUUUCUAAAGAGCACAUUUGAAAAUUAAAAUUCAUUUUGCUUUUUUUUAACGGUUAAUUUAAAUGGCAAGUUACUAAGUAAAGAUUUUUUGCAUAUGGUCACUGGAGGACCAUGUUAAAAAGUGUGAUCACUAUUCUUGCCGGAAUGAGCUUAAAAGGGCUUCUGGCGUUUUCUCACUCUCAUUUUGAUCCUAAUUUUUUUGGGGGGGAAAAAACGAAAGAAAAUAUUUAGAAAAAUGUCCAUAUGAUGAAAAUCAAUGGGGACCAAUGUUGUUCGUUGUUGUCUUUUGCAGACAAGGUUUGGAACGACAUGAGGGUGAGUAAAAUUUUUGGGUAAACUAUCCCUCUAAUAUGAGGAACCCCACAGAAAUUACCUUAAUUUCAACUAUUUGUAGACAUUAGAAUCAAACACAACUUUGCGUUAAGCAGUUACCUUCAUAACCGUGUAUACGUUUUCCUCACCACUGAGAAAUAAAAUGAUUUAUAAUAUGAUUUUGCGUCUAUGACGAACAGUGAUCACUCUUUUUAAAAUUUUCCUGUACAUUUACAUUACUGUCACUUACAUUUGCAUUUUACAUUUAUGCACUUGCUUAACAAGAACAAUUAUAAUGCAUUCUGGUAGCUUUUUAUUAAGGGGUUACGAGUUUGGAUUGCAGAUUUGUUUUCAGUUUGGUUUUCCUUUGGGUUGUUUUUUGCAAACAAAUUAAAUGUACCUUUAGAAGUGAUCAUCUUUGAAGUGAAGUCACAGUAAAAACAACAAAUAAAGUGGAAGUAAUUAAAUGAAAAUAUGGAAAUGGUGAGUUUUGUUCUACCUCACAGCACAGUUACACGAUUUCGAAAAGGCAAAUACUGUAUUGGUUUAAUGACAAAUUAAUUAGUGAGUUAGUGUGUAAAGUAAAACAGGGCCCAAACAAAUGAACCUCUCAAAUGAACCUGUUUAUUUCUUUUCUUGGCAGAGCGGUUUGAUUUGUGUUUGUGAGUAGCUGCUUCUCUUUUUCUUUUUUCUUUUUUUUUUUUU